AUGCCCAAAAUUGAAAAGUCCCUGAAAAGCUUCCCCCACAAUGCACAGCUCUUGAAGCAUCAAUCUGUGACCAUCCUAGAAGUCCAAAUAGAGCAAAAAACACAGCGAGACCCCAGGGAGAAUGGAGGUGCAUGGCCAGGUACUAAGGGGGAAGCAAGGAACACAGCAAAGCCCAAUGUGAUAGCAAGGGAUACGGUGGCAAAGCCAAGGGACCUGAGUGAAAUCAACAGCCAAGUGAGUAAAGUCUUCAGCCAAGCCAAGAAAUCAGAAUACAUUGCCAUUUGCAUGCCUUUGAGAUACCAUAAUCUGAUAACCAUAGGUACUGUGAUCAAAUUUAUUUCUAUUGUCUGGGUCGCAGAUUUUGUUAUAAUUGUGUCUUUAUUCAUAUGGACAAUGACUAAAGAAAUUUGCAGAACAAAUAUAGUGGACACGUACUGCAAUAAUCCUUCUUUAAUGAAAUUAAUCUGUGAGGAUACAAGUGUGCUGAACUACUAUGGCUUGUUUACUGCAAAUCUUGUACAAAUUCCUUCCAUACUGAUAGUAUCAUUAACAUAUAUCAAAAUCCUAAAGACCUGUCAUUCUACAAAACAGGCACAAUCAAACCUGGCAAUGCAAACCUCUGGGACACAUUUAGUUGUUUUUCUGAUUUUUGAGGUAACUGCAUCCUUACUAUUCAUUUCUCACAGAUUAGAAGCUGUAUCUCCACACUUACAAAGAGCCUUUGGUAUUUCAAUUGUUCCUCCAAUUCUUAAUCCUCUAAUUUAUGGGUUGAAUACAAGGGAAAUUCAACAAGCAAUUUUUAAAUUCUUUCACAAAAAGAUUUCUUAUAUAUAA